CCGAGAACUUGCAGCGAGACACACGCCGAUUUGUCAAGCUGUGCGGCGCAGUAGAGACUCGAGACUCAACUUUCAACUAGCAGACAAGAAGACGAGACGGACAUCAUGGCCUCCGGCAAAGAUGUUUUAAUUGUUUCGAUUGCGUUGAUUCUGCAAACCGCGACUGCUUCCGUCAUGUUUGCCCCUUGCCAAAUUAGUACCAAGGGAACUGUGACCAACAUUGACAUCACUGGCUGCAACGAUAAAUCGCCCUGCAAACUGAUCCGCGGCACCAAUUCUACCAUCGCCAUAACCUUCUCAACCACAGGAAAAGCUCAAAAACUGGAGGCAGUGGUGCACGGCGUCAUCGCCGGCCUGCCUGUGCCCUUCAACUUGCCCAACCCUGACGCCUGCACCUACGGAGGACUGACCUGCCCUAUAAAAACCGACACUCAGCUCACUUACACUAAUUCCCUGCCCAUUCUCAAGGUCUAUCCGAGGAUCGCUGUGCAAGUCCAGUGGGAGUUGAAGGACGAAGACGAAAAUGACGUUUUCUGCGUCUUGAUCCCCGUGCAUUUGAAAUAAACAAGUUUGAAAACAAUUAGAAUCAUUUGAUUGCAUAUGUAUUAUA